AUGUCUGGAACUGGCUUCAGAGUUGCUUCUAGGCGUAUUCAAACCGAAAAAUCCACCAAGCACAUAGGCGUGGCUCGCAUCGCCUCUGGACUGACCCGAGACGCUCUGCUUUCGCCCGGCCCAGACUACUCUAGACUAGACUUACUGCCGGGCGUACGUCUAAAGCGUCUUCAAGGACAGCAUCGGGUACAAGCUGCCAAAGAAACUUCUGGAUCUGCCGACACAUAUUGGGUUCGUAUCUUAAACAUAUUAGAGAUUUCUGGUAUGCCGUAUUUGGCGGAAAACGAGGGAGAUAUGCAUAGGCUCGACGCAGCCUCGGUACGUGCCCUAGAACUCAAGGCGCCCGGCGCUUACGACGGGAAGCCCGAGGUCUUCAUGGUCGCGUCUGUGCGGGAGAGAUUCUCAGCGCGUUUAGUGGCGAACAGCGGUAAGCCAUUUGGUCUAGGAUUCGCGCUGCCAGUUGACUGCCUAGUCCCGUCACUUUCGGGAUUUUUCGACGAUCUCAAGCACCUCAAGCUUGUAGCAGACGGUGUCAAGUGGCUGGAGCGUCUCGAGAGGAGGGAAACCAUACGGUCUGCCCUGGAGUACUCAUUCUCAGAUGCGGAUCACGGCAACAACCUGUGCUUGGUUCAGACGUCUAGCUCGUCGUUCAGAUCUGUCUCUGGAAGCGACAUAGAUUGGUUCGACGUCGCGUGUAGAGUUCUAUGGCUCUAUGCGCUGCGCGAGUACCUGGAAAGGCCGACUGAGCCCAAUAAAAAGCUCGCAGGCACCAGAAAUGGCCAGGACAAUGAAAAGCGAGACCCAGACCGGGAAAUUGCCCGUCGACUGCUCCUGACGGCUCGAAAAUCUGAUCGUUUCGGGUAUCAUAAUCUUGAGAGAUGCGUAACAGGAGUAACGGAGUGGAUAAAAUCGGCCCAAGCUAUACGCGAUGGUGACGAUACGGAUGAGGGCGAGGAUCAAGUUCGAUUGCCCAAUCGAAGCGGCAUACCCAAUCUACCAGAUCAAGCGCGGGACAAGUCUUAUCUUUUCCUCGACAAGCUACACGCGGACGUAGUAUGCGGACCAACUUUGACAUCCCUAUUUAUUCAAAGAUCGAUGUACUUUGCAUUCUUUGGGAAGCAGAUCUCUGUCGAUGCUGUCGACGUCAAUAGUAUAUAUAAAGAACAGGCGACCACGGACCAGCCAAGGCCCGGUCCCGAGCAGUCAGCAGGUGGCCAUCCGAGAGCAGAGCUUAUGAUAGUGGAUGAAACCCAUCAGCAAGACCGCCUGGAGAACCUAAGACAAACGGCGGACAAGCAGGAAGCCAGGCUGGAGCAGCUCACACAAUGGGAAAGGGACCAACAGGAAAACAUAGCGCAGCUCCAAAACGCUGUAUCUGAACCAGAGGAAAGGCUCAUAGCUUCUAGCCGGGACGUUGAGGUGUUGCAAGAGAAGUUAGAUAGUAUAAGAAGAGCGGAGGCUGAGCAGGUGAUCAGGCUAGAGAGCCUGGAAGCCAACGAAGAGAAGCGACGAACUAUUAUAGGUACUCUUGAGCAGACCCAGCACAAACUCGGCGAAGAAAUACAACUCGAUCUUCUCGCGGCUGGCCAGCGAGAGCAGGCGCUCAGGGACGACGAGGCCCAAACAGCCAGGCUUAAACAACUUUCGGAAGAGGAGCAAGAGAACCAAAGAAAUCUAGAUUAA